UGAAAAUUAAAAAAAAAAAAGAAGAGAGAGAAAGUGGCGAAGAUAGAGAGAGACGUAAACGGAGUUGCGGGGAGUCAUCAUUUCAUUAUCCGAUAGCUAGGGAUCGAUGCAUCCCUCUCUCUCUCUCUUCUUAGUUCCUUAUUCAAUCUCCUGAAAACCCGGUGUUCUUAGAUCUGUUCCGGUUUUCCGGCGGCUUAAAACCGUUUUCCGGCUAUUUGCGGCGGUUCUUGUGUUGUACUGUCCUAAUUAUCUUCUCUAAUACAGUUUCGAAUUGAUAACGGACUUAUGGUUUUAACUGAACAAUUCGUUAUCGUAUUCUUUUUAUUUUUUAUUUUUUAAAUUCUUUUUGUAAAAUUUCAGGAGAGGAUCCACAAGGACGAGUAAUUCUUUCUAUUGAUAUAAACAUGAAAAGUUGAAAAGCUGCCGUUUUUUAUCAGCUUUUUAGGUUUCCGAGAGAAAUUUUCUCUUAGAGAUUGUUAAAUUUUACAAGGAAGGCCACGGAAACCGAAAAGGUCUUGUUUUGAUUCGGAUUUUAGCAAGUUUUUGACUUUUGAAUCAUUCGAAGCGAAAAGGAGAUGGAUAGACUUAUGACUUGAAACUGGAAAUUUGGAGGCUGUUUCUUCCGAAGGCUGAAAUUAAAGAAACAGCCUGCUGUUAUGAUUAGGCCACAGUUCGGUGAAUUAAGUUUUUAUUUUUUAAUUUCUUCUUUUUUCUUUUCUUCUUUGGGAUUUGGGGAUGAGGAAUGAUGACCAGAAACCUCAGGGAGUAGUUCCCAGACAGGGACGGAGUAAUGGGUUCAUACCAAGUUCUUUUCGAGCGAUCUCGAGUUACCUGAGGAUAAUCUCUUCGGGCGCGUCAAGUGUUGCUUCGACAGUUCGAUCAGCUGGUGCAUCGGUAGCGUCGUCAAUUGUGGAUAGAGACGAUGAUGACAGCCGUGAUCAGGUGUAUUGGGCUGGGUUUGACAAGUUUGAAUUGGAAGGAGGCAUAGUUCGGCGAGUUCUUUUGCUGGGUUAUCGGUCUGGUUUCCAGGUUUGGGAUGUUGAGGAAGCAGAUAAUGUGCGUGAGCUAGUAUCUAGACAUGAUGGUCCUGUUUCUUUUCUGCAAAUGCAACCAAAGCCAAUACAAUCAAAGAAAUCAGAGGACAAGUUUGUAGAUGUACAUCCAUUGCUUGUAGUUGCUGGGGUUUUUUCCCUUUCUGGUGCUAUUAAUGUUCAAGAUGGCUCUACAUGCAAUGGGAAUGUUACCGCUUUCCAUGAGCCUGGAAAUGACAACUUUGUACCUACAGUUGUUCGGUUUUAUUCUUUGAUUUCCCAAUCUUAUGUACAUAUUCUGAAAUUCAGAUCAGCUGUUUUCUCUAUAAGGUGCAGUCCUCGAGUUGUGGCUAUUUCUCAGGCAGCUCAGAUACAUUGUUUUGAUGCUGCAACCUUGGAGAGAGAAUAUACCAUUCUUACAUAUCCUGUAGUUUUGGGUUGUCCUGGUUCUGGCAGUGCAGGCUAUGGACCACUUGCAGUGGGUCCCAGGUGGUUGGCUUAUAGUGGAAGUCCUGUUAUAGUAUCAAAUACGGGUCGUGUCAGCCCAAAACAUCUUACACCUUCUGCAAGUUUCUCUGAUUCCCCUUCAAAUGGGAGCCUGGUUGCACACUAUGCCAAAGAAUCAAGUAAACAACUUGCUGCUGGUAUAGUGACCUUAGGAGAUAUGGGUUACAAGAAGCUGUCACGAUACUGCUCUGAACUCUUACCUGAUAGCAAUAAUUCUCUAAAACCAGGGAGCCCCAGCUGGAAAACCAAUGACACUCUUAACGGCCAUUUGCCAGAUGCAGAUAAUGCUGGGAUGGUCAUAGUGAGGGAUAUUGUUGGAAAAUCUGUUAUUGCACAGUUUAGAGCACAUAGGAGUCCUAUUUCAGCAUUAUGCUUUGAUCCUAGUGGGACUUUAUUGGUGACUGCUUCAGUUCAGGGUCAUAACAUCAAUGUUUUUCGAAUAAUGCCUAUGCUCCCUGGGAGUUCAUCAGGAUCUGAUGCUGGUGGAUCUUAUGCACAUCUUUACAGGCUGCAGCGUGGUUUCACAAAUGCUGUUAUACAGGACAUCAGCUUUAGCAUAGACAGCCAGUGGAUUAUGAUAAGUUCUUCAAGGGGAACAAGCCAUUUAUUUGCAAUAUCUCCUUUUGGUGGUUCUGUGAACCUUCAGUCUAAUAGUGCUGGGUUUACCAACAAUGGGUCAGGUGUGAUGACCAAGCCAGCCAUUCAUUGGCAGCAUGGUUCUGGUAUUCCAAAGCUUCAUCAACAAAAUUUUUGUGUGUCUGGUCCCCCAGUGACAUUAUCAGUUGUUAGCAGAAUAAGGAAUGGUAAUAAUGGCUGGAGGAGCACAGUAAGUGGUGCUGCAGCUGCUGCUACAGGCAGGGUGAGUUCCCUUUCUGGGGCUAUUGCUUCAACCUUCCAUAACUGCCAGGGAACUGGUUCAAUUGUAGAUUCCAGCUCCUUGAGGACAAAGUACCACCUUCUGGUGUUCUCUCCUUCUGGCUCUCUGGUACAAUAUGUGCUGCGCCUGUCAAAUGGACCUGAUUCCAUGGAAAUUUUGUCUGGAUUAGUCACUGCUUAUGAAUCACCUCCAGAUAGUGAUGCACGGUUGGUUGUGGAAGCACUUCAGAAAUGGGAUAUCUGUCAGAGACAAAAUCGAAGAGAACGAGAAGAUAAUCUUGACAUUUAUGGUGAACAUGGUAAUGAGGAUAGCACUAAAAUUUUUCCAGAGGGAAAGAAGGGGAAUAGUAUAUAUCCUGCUGAUGAUCAUAAAUUUACAAAAGCAAAGGUCAAUUCUGAGGAAAGAAAUCAUUUAUAUAUUUCAGAAGCUGAGUUGCAGACACAUCAAUCCGGGAUCCCACUGUGGGCAAAAUCCAAGAUAUACUUUCAGGUGAUGAUGAUGGACAGCGAGAAAGUAGAAGAAAGUGUUUCAGGAGGCGAGAUUGAAAUUGAACGGAUUCCAACUCGCAUGAUUGAAGCUAGGUCAAAAGAUUUGGUACCAGUAUUUAACUAUCUACGAACUCCAAAGUUUCAACAGUUAAGGGUGCCUGCUUUAGAUAGCAAUCAUAUUGGCCUAUUGCAGAAUCAGAGGUCUGGGCUGUCUGAUGAUGGAAAGUCUUCAUGCAGAAACAGCAGUAUCUCCCUUGACUGUAUCUCUGAAGGUUCUAAUGCAGCAGCUGAACUUCGUAGUGGCAUUGAAGAAAAUGGCUGGGAUUGUGGCCUUCUAUUUUCAUCAGAGUCAGAUGUGGGCUUUGUAAAUAACAAUGAUAGCCCCAAAAUUAGUACUGGACUGGAGUUUGUAAAUAGCAAGGAGAAGAUGGGGUCCCACCUCAAGUUUGUAAAUAAUAACAAACAAAACCUGAAGAUGGAGAAUCACUUCGAGGACGAUGACAGUGGGUUGCAUUAAAGGUGAUGAAGGAUCGCAACUUACUGGUCCAUCAGUCCUCAGAUGUGCUGACUUAUAGUUUUAUUCUACGAAGAGGCAUAUUAAGUUAUUAACCAGCAUUGGAUAUUUGUGGAGUUUAAAUGUAGAGAGAAAGGGGGAGGGGGGGGGGGAUCUUAAGAGGGAGAUGAUUUGAAUGUAAUGCGGAACUGUGGAUAAUAUGCAGUCUAGGAUUCCUUUUCUGUUCAACAUUGUAAAUAACAGAUUCCUGAAUAUGAUUCCAAUAAUCAGUUGCAAUCUAUAUCUAUCUAUAUUAAGUUGAAAUGUGUAGUAAGAAGAGGACGAGGGAAAUGGAAUCUAAUAGUA